UUUUUACCAGGACUGGGUUUUAAUGUGUUUUAUGUGUUUGCGCUCAACAGUGAGGUAGACUUACUCGGACAUUUUUUUUUUUAAUUCACAAAGAGUGUCAGCGUGUGAUUUAUCCUGUGGAUGUGGCUGUUAGGGUCGGUGUCUGAGCCCUGCAGGAUCAGCCUGUCAUAGGGCAUCAUGAUGUUUUUGACUCUUCACAAGUGGAUGAGGAAUAAUUCUCCGGGGAUGCUGCUGUUGGUGCAGAUAUUGGGGUUUUUACCUCUGACCGGAGCGGCUCCCUCUUUGACUACCGAGCAGCUGGACACAGGGGUGGACUGGCUGAGCAAAUUUGGCUACCUCCCGCCCCCUGACCCGGUGACUGGUCAGCUUCAGACCAAGGAGGCCCUGACCAAGGCUAUCAAAGCCAUGCAGAAGUUCGGAGGGCUGAAGGAGACGGGGGUCUUUGACCAAGCCACUCUGGGCCUAAUGAAAACACCCAGAUGUUCUCUGCCAGAUGUGUCUGAAGGAGAGGGGACAAUGGGCCGCAGGAAAAGAGGCCUGAACCCUCAGAACAAAUGGAAUAAGAGGCAUCUAUCCUGGAGAGUGAGAACCUUCCCUAAGGAUUCAGCUUUACUGGGCAGGGACACCGUUCGAGCCCUGAUGUACUACGCUUUGAAGGUCUGGAGUGACAUCGCUCCUCUUAACUUCCAUGAGGUGGCAGGAAGUGAUGCAGACAUUCAAAUUGACUUUACAAAGGCCGACCACAACGAUGGAUACCCUUUUGACGGGCCAGGGGGUACCGUGGCGCAUGCAUUUUUUCCUGGAGAGAGGUUCACAGCUGGAGAUACACACUUUGAUGAUGACGAGGCCUGGACCUUCAGAUCUCCAGACUCUCAUGGGAUGGAUCUGUUUGCAGUUGCGGUCCAUGAGUUUGGUCAUGCCAUUGGCCUGGUCCACACCUCCGCCAUGGAGUCCAUCAUGAGACCGUACUACCAGGGUCCGGUGGGAGAUCCUCUGAAGUAUGACCUACCCUAUGAGGAUAAGGUCCGCGUCUGGCAGCUCUACGGUGUCAGGGACUCCGUGUCUCACACAAAUCGACCUGGCAUCCCCUCCCAAACAGCUGAACCUCCUGUACUGUUGGACCUUCCUGAAAACAGAUCAACUCUCUUGCUGGCGCGAGAUGCCCCCGACAGAUGCACCAGUCACUUUGAUGCAGUGGCUCAAAUAAGAGGGGAGGCCUUCUUUUUCAAAGGAAAAUACUUUUGGAGGCUCACCAGAGAGAGACACCUGGUUUCUCUACGUCCAGCUCAGAUCCAUCGCUUUUGGAGGGGUCUUCCGCCCAAUCUGGACAGUGUGGACGCUGUAUACGAGAGGCCUGGGGACCACAAAAUAGUUUUCUUCAAAGGGCUGAGGUACUGGGUUUUCAAAGACAAUAACGUUGAGGAGGGCUACCCUCGUCCAAUCAGUGACUUCGGCCUCCCCUCUGACGGAGUGGAUGCAGCCUUUGUUUGGCUACACAAUGACAAAACUUACUUCUUCAAGGACAACAACUACUGGCGCUAUGAUGACCACCUGAGGCGAAUGGACCUGGGUUAUCCUAAAGACAGCACACUUUGGAAAGGGCUGCCCCCACACCUGGAUGACGCCAUGAGGUGGUCUGAUGGCUCGUCCUAUUUCUUCAAGGGGAAGGAGUACUGGCGAGUGCCGGGCAGUGACAUGGAGGCGGAGGCAGGAUUCCCCCGCCUCAUCGCUAAAGACUGGCUCCUGUGCACAGAGAUGCAGUCGGACUCUCCAGACACGGAGCACAAAAGCACAGAGGCGAGAGGCAACGUGCGCCAACACCCGGACCACGCGGAGAACGGGUACGAGGUGUGCUCCUGCACCUCGGACACUGCCUCUCCUUUGGGCACCCACCCCUCCCCCUCUCCCUUGUGGAUUCUACUGCCUCUCUGGACGCUCUCAUUGGCCCUCCACUCUGAACUGCUAUGA